AAGGAAUGACCAUGACGUAUGAUACCGAUAUAAAACAUGGGCAUAUCAACACUGACUCGGGUUACACCUAUGGGGGGUACAGUGCCUCACAAACCGUCCAUCAAAGGUAUUUGGUUCGUAUCCCAGAGGGAUAUCCUUUGGAGUGUGCUGGGCCUAUCUUCUGUGCUGCUAUUACUAUGUAUUCUCCACUGGCGCAUUGGAAGGCUAAGUCUGGUGGGCUCAAGGUUGGAAUCAUUGGUAUUGGAGGUCUGGGGCAGAUGGGAGUCAGGCUCGCUAAAGCUAUGGGUAACGAGGUUACUGCUAUUUCUACCAGUCCUAACAAAGAGGAAGCUGCAAGGAAGAUCGGAGCUGACAGGUUUAUUGUAUCCUCUGAUCCUGAGAGUAUGAAGACUGGUGAGAAUUCUCUGGAUCUGAUUCUGAACACAGUUUCUGCUCAGCAUCAGCUUAAUGUUUACAUUCCUCUCCUGAAACGAGACGGAACUCUGGUUCAGCUUGGUUUAGUUCUGUCCGACCACCUUGUUCAACAGAUGCCCCUCAUGAUGAAGUAAAUAUCCUUUAUGUAUAUAUAUAUAUAU